AUGAGUUCAAUACUUCGGAAAGCAAAAAUUGUACUCUGGGGUAAAACACCCGACGAUCCUGAAGAAGCAAAAUUAUUAGUGAAAAUUGAUUGGUUUGUCUUAUCAUUUGCCUGUUUAUUAUAUUGGGUGAAUUAUGUCGACAGGUUGAAUAUUUCUAACGCAUACGUUUCGGGUAUGAAAGAAGAUUUGAAGAUGGAAGGAGAUGAGUUCAAUAUAAUAAAUACAUGCUUUAAUGUUGGCUACAUCGUAUUUUUAGUACCAAAUAAUUUGAUAUUGUUGAAAAUUAGGCCACGGUAUUGGUUGACAUUCUGUGCAAUAUCAUGGGGAUUAUUAACAUUGGGCUUAUACAAAGUGACAUCUUACAAGCAGAUAUAUGCCAUUCGCUUUUUUCAAGGAGCAUUCGAAAGUUCUACUUUUGUGGGUGUUCACCUAAUUUUGGGGUCUUGGUAUAAAGAAGAUGAACUUACAAAGCGGAGUGCCAUAUUUACGUCUUCAGGACUUAUAGGCAAUAUUUUUUCCAGUACGAUGCAAAGUGCUAUCUACACAAACAUGCACAACCUCAAUGGUAUAGCUGGCUGGAGAUGGUUGUUUAUUAUUGACUUUUUAGUGACAGUACCCAUAGCCAUAUAUGGGUUCAUAUUUUUUCCCGAUACUCCUGAGACUUGUAAAGCCUUUUAUUUCAGUGAAAAAGAAAUUAAAUUAGCUAAGAGUAGGGUUCAUCAAAGACCACACACGAAACUAGAUUGGUCCAUAUUUAAGAGGGUAUUAGGAAGAUGGCACUGGUGGUUUUUUUCUGUUUUAUGGAUAUUAGGAGGCGAGAAUGAAUCUUUUUGUAGCAAUUCGCUUUUCGCAAUUUGGUUGCAAUAUUUUGAUUAUACUGUUCCUCAUAGAAAUCAUUAUCCUAUGGGUGUAUAUGCCAUAGGUGUCCUUGCUACUUUUGCAUUUGCCGUUUAUAUCGAUAAUACUCAUGCACGCUAUCACUGGAGAAUAGGAAUAUUAAUUGCCGGUUGUAUGAUCAUUUCAACUAUUCUUCUUGUACUAAGACCAUUAUCGGCCAACUAUGUCUUUGCAGCUCAUUAUAUUUCUGGUGUAUCCUACGCAGGGCAAGCAACUUUCUUUGCAUGGGCAAAUAUUGUAUGUAAGGAUGAUUUAGAAGAAAGGUCGAUUGUAUUAGGAUCUAUGAACAUGUUUAAUAAUGCCGUUAAUGCUUGGUGGUCCCUCUUGUUUUAUGUUGCAACUGAUGCACCUAAGUUUAGAAAAGGGUGUUGGGCAAUGUUGGCCACUGCUAUUAGUAGCAUAAUUGUGGUGCUUGUCAUAAGAUAUCUUCAAUUGAGGGAAGAGAAACAUCUUGUAUUAAAUACGGUAAUACUUAAUAAAGAUACUAUUGAAGAACCAGAGACCUCGCUGAUAUAUGCCAAAGACAAGUAUGAUAAGCAUUUAUAA